GACUGAUUCAUAUAUAUAAACGGCAUCUGUGAGUUCGGAUCUGAGCUAUGGAUCAGCCGCUGGUCCUGGUAACAGCGCUGUGCCUGGAACAUUACAGCACCAUAGUCAGAAUAACAGGACUAGCAACAACAGCAGCACAAAAUCUAGUUCCGCCACCUCCAGUAAGAACAGCAGCAUCCCACCUCAUCUAACAGUAGAGUCACUCUCCAGCGGAAAGGGGAAGAACGCAAUCACAACAGUUGGUGGAGCGAAGCGAGGAGAUCACCGUGGUGAAAGAUGAGAUGCGCCGUGAGUACAACUAAGAGACGAAGGUCUGCCUGUUAGCUGUACGAAUAAAGGCUUUUCGCCAAGCUGGCGCACCUAGCGUACAGGCUGAAGCGAGACGCUCUGAAGUCUGAAAGGCCGAC